UAUUGUGCUCUGUGGGCCAUUUCACAAAGACAAAAAGUUCAUCAGUUACACUAUACACUGAAACUCUUCUGAAAUGCCAUAUCAAACUGCGUGUGUAUAACUUUCAACAUAUCUUGGAGAUUCAUGAUGGCGUCCCCCAAGAAACAUGUAUACCAGGAAGGAGGCUGGGGCUGGGUUGUUGUAUUUGCGGCCUGUGUAGCAGAGUUCAUCGUCAUUGGGAGCUUGAAGGCUUUCGGUGUUCUCAUCACGGCCAUGAAGGAUGACUUCGAUACGGGACUGUGGAUCAUCGGCUCCAUUAAUUCCCUACACCUGGGAGUGCAGUUCAUUCUGACACCCGUGGCCUCGGUUGUAGCUCGGAAAGUCGGAGGGCGCCCUGUCAUCUCCUUUGGCGGUUUUCUCUUUGGACUUGGCGUGGCUCUGUCGGCUUUAACGCAUCAUAUCGCCUUCUUAGCUGUAACUAUCAUAGCAAUUGCAGGUAAGGAGAAUUUAGAAAAGCCCAAGUUGUCAAUGGAAAGGAAAGCUUAGAGUUUGCGCACUUCGUGUGUGCUUGUAAUUGAAACGCAGCCUGACCUGGUAUUCAAAAUUAGACUCCGAACGAGUCCACCAAAACGUUUUUGUCCAAAUAUGCAUGCUUAGAUUUCUACCAAUUAGUUA